UGGUGGAGUGCAAUGUGAUAUUGCUUCACAUUGUGGAUGUCGGUCGACAGGGAGGUUGGGCUCUGGUAUUCAACUCGGGAUCAACGAUUACAAGAUGGAUGAUUGGACAUUGAAAGCGUAUUGAAGGUAUUUAAGGUUUCACGGGGACUGUGGUUUCGGCGUCCUACUGAACGUUCUCAUGCAACAUCUUCAAGGAUGGACAGCGAGGGUCAAGGACGCACUGCAGCUGCCAGUGAUCAGACCGAAAGUAAACAGCAAGCAAAUAUAGGGGUACUCGCCCAACAGUUUUCGGGGUUACAGGUUGGAACUCCUCCACUCAAAGAGCCGAAGGGCAGUCAUGGUGGUGCCCACAAUCAAUGCCUCAAACAGACAUCAAACAGGGGAAAGAGUUUUGAUCAUGAAUCACAUAAGACGUCCUCCCUUCAGACAAGUGAUGUUACAUUGUCACCUGUUAACAUGUCAGUGACAAAUAAACGAAAGAACGACGAGAAGGAUACGGCUCUGGAAAUGUCUGCAUCAAAGAGCGGAUGCAGUACAGGUACCAUGAGACACUCCGAAACCGUUAUUCUGGAACCGUCAGUUCCGUCUCAUUCAAAUCUGAAGCAGAAACAUGAAGUCAUAUGUGCAGGAUCAUCAACCGACCUUGACCAAGUUACCCCAGAUGCCAAUGGCUUCAACUAUGAAACAACUUCUAUUGAUAUACCGAUCUCUCUUGAUGAAAAAUUAAAGAAGCUUUCUUUAAACAGUCCCGAAAUCCUCCUUGAGAGAGGUCCGGUUUCUAAACCCAGGGUAACUAGGACCGCCAACGAUGAUAAACCUUAUUCCAGACCAGACUGCACGAGGCCUCAGUCAACAGCAAAUUCAUCCGACACAAGCAUGAAUUAUGAUGUUGAUGAUGCUGAUGCGUUCAUUCGCGCUCUGUGUAAACCACUUGAUGUUUCUGUAGCAGGUGGAAUGGCAAAUUGUAAUGAACAGACACCAAAUUUGGUUUCCCAGGAUUGUAUUCCAAGUAUCGUUUUCGAGAAGAUGAACGAAAAGGAGUCAGAAAAGAAAAUACCCAAACCUAGAAAGAAGAGACAUCAAGUUUCCACCAAGGUAUCUGAACCUUCGUCAACUGAACACUUAGAUGCGUCGCAGAUCCUGAAUCCUCAGUCAGAUACCAACCAUCGUGAUGGUCAGUCAUCAGCUUCAGUGUUUGGAGGCCCUGGUCAGCAUCCCGAGGUCUCCGUUUGUCCACUGACAUUCACAAACCAGGCAACAGUAUCACAAGUUGGAAAUCAGCUUCCAGUCUUUUCAUCCGCAUCUCAGAAGGGUUUGUAUCAGCAACAUGGGAUACCAGCUGUGUCAGGCAGUGACAUGUGUCUGUUGACAGCAUCACCUAUGAGUUGCGGGCGCCAACAAGUGUUCUCAGCAGAUACUUUAGGGCAACAGCAGGAGACUUUUCAGGGGAUGAACACGUCGCGAUUGGUCACAAUGGCUCCACCUACAACUUCAGUGAUUCCAGAUCGGUAUGGGUAUAUGACAAAUCCAGAACAGAUGCAAUUUAACAGUUGUAAUCCUAACACGGUCGUGACCAUUCCACAGCAAACGAUGCCUGGUUUGGUUGUGGGUAACCACAUGAAUGUUGCACAGGGGAUCGUGAAUGGUCAUGGUCAUGGGUGGCAGAAUUCGAGCUGUGGUGGACAGCAAAUUAAUUACUGCCCGUCACAGAGAAACAUGUCAAAAGAUGGAGGGCAGGUUGUUCCCGUACAACCGACAACGGUCUAUCCUGCGCAUAUAACGGAGAACACCAACGGUGGACAUCAGCAGAACUACGGUGUGGAUGGAAGCCAUGGCCAGCAAUAUAUACCAGAAGGUCAGAUUGGUGGUUCCAUGGCUAAUGGACUACAACACAUGACAGCUGGUCAGAUGGGAGAUACCAUGAUAUAUGGAGGCCUGGGGAUGACAUCCGGUCAGAUUGGUGGUACCAUGGCCCAUGGGUCACAACACGUGACAGCUGCUCAAAUUAGUGGUGCCAUGAUAGAUGGAGGACCACAUAUGUCAACUCAUCAGAUUGGUGGUACCAUGACACAUGGGUCACAACACGUGACAGCUGCUCAAAUUAGUGGUGCCAUGAUAAAUGGAGGACCACAUAUGUCAACUCAUCAGAUUGGUGGUACCAUGACAAAUGGGUCACAACACGUGACAGCUGCUCAAAUUAGUGGUGCCAUGAUAAAUGGAGGACUACAUAUGUCACCUUAUCAGAUUGGUGGUACCAUGGUAAAUAGGUCACAACACGUGACAGCUGAUCAAAUUGGUGGUACCGUGGUAAAUGGGGGACAACACGUGACAACUGGCCAGAUGGGAGGUACGAUUACUAAUGGAGGACAACGCAUGACAGUCGGUCAGAUUGGUGGUACCACGGCAAAUUGGGGACAACGCGUGCCAGCUGGUCAGAUGGGAGGUACCGUGACAUAUGGAGGACAACAGAUGCCAACUGGUUUGACGGGAGGUACCCUGGUGAAUGGAAACCUACAGAUACCAGCUGGUCACAUGAGUGAUACCAUGGUGAACGGUGGCCAACAUUGGCCAGCAGACCAGGUGGGAGGUACCAUAGUGCAUGGAGGUCAGAAUAUGACAGCCCAAGAAAUAGAGAGUAUCAUCGCGACUGGAGGCCAACAGAUACAUGCUGGUCAAAUAGAUUGUGUCAUGGCGAAUGCUGGACACCAGAUUGGCAACCAGAGGAUGAUGUCUAGCAGGAUGUCCAGUCACUUAGCUUUAUUGAUUACCUUGGGGCAGCAAUUUCAGAAUGUUCCCAUUCAGAACGGAAGGCGACACAGAAAAUUGUUGCCAAAACAGAAACGGUAAUUCGAAGGAAAAAUCAUUGUUCAUAUGCUGUUCGAAGUAUAGAACAAAAUAAUUUAUGUGAUAAGGACUCAAACAUUUGUAAAGAUGCCGGCGAAGUCAUUGCAAUUAGCAGCGAUGAAACAUUUUGUGCAAUCUCUCGGAUGAAUUGGGUGAAACAAACUAUCUUGAAUUACCAGUAGCUGUUGAAUGGUCAUAGUAGGUAUACAUGUAUUAUUGCUUAAAUCAAUCAAAUAGAUCUUUUAAAGGAUUCAUUUUUGAAAAGAUUCAUCUUUUGAUAACUGACAAUCUCUGGCAACGAUAUGCUUCCUUCCUGUAUCCGAGAUCCUUGUUAAUGCAUCCGCCUUAGCCCUGUCAGAGACAUGUUUUGAAGAGAAAUCUCACUCAUGGCAGCUAGCUGUUUACCAGAGAGACAAUCCAAUAAUAGGAAUAAUAAUAGAAAUAAUAAUAGAAAUCCCGACAAUCAAGACUUUAAUGCAUUAUAAAUUACUAGAAUAAUCAAGAUUGAACCUUUUCUGGCUAAACUAACAAAUUCUAUUUGAUCAUGGAAAAUAAACGUUUAUCCUGAA